AUGUAUUUUUGGAAUCAGCUUGUGUUGGGAGUGUUCCCGUCAUUGCUGCCGACUACUCUUGCGCAGAAUGUUUUGGAUCUGAGUGGUGAUGGAUGGACUGUUAGUAGCAAGGCGCUGAAUAUUAGCGUCCCUGGUCGUGUUCCUUCACAGGCGCAUUUGGAUCUUCUUGCUGCCAAUGUUAUUGAUGAACCGUUAAGCAGCUCCAAGUCUUCCUGGCUUGUAUUCAAUGGGCUUGACACCUUCACAACAAUCGAGUUCUGUGGUCAAUUUAUAGGAAAUACAGAUAAUCAGUUCCGGCAGUACACUUUUGAAAUUUCCAAUGCCUUAAAACAUUGCAACGGCUCUCCAACCGUCUCUCUCGAGUUUGGAAGUGCGAUCAAGAUUGCAAAUGCCAUCGCUGCUGAUCCAAACUCUCAACAAUGGCCUAGUGGUGUUCAAGGGAUCUUUGAAUUCCCUAACCGCUGGUAUAUUCGCAAAGAACAGUCCGACUUUGGUUGGGACUGGGGCCCAGCGUUCUCGCCUGCUGGGCCAUGGCAGAAUAUCUACCUGGUGCAGUCGAAGGGCGAGGAAGAUGUAUAUGUUCUAAACACAGACAUUGACAUCUAUCGAAAGGGGCAGAUCAAUCACCUUGCUCCCAAUCAGAGUCAGCCCUGGGUGGUGAAUGCAAGUAUUGACUAUCUCGGCUCCCUACCUACGCGCCCAUCUAUGUCUAUAGAGAUCAAGGACCUCGAGUCGGGCAAAGUUUUGAAGUCCGGAUCCCUCGAUAACGUUGUUGUAUCUGGAAAGACUAUCACCGGUACCACUAUAGUGGAUGCAGAUGCACCGAGCCUCUGGUAUCCCACAGGUUUGGGCAAGCAGAGCCUAUACAAUGUCACAGUCACAAUCCAGAACAAAGACCAGGUCCUCGCCAGCAUAACUAAGCGCACUGGCUUCCGUACUAUCUUCCUGAAUCGAGCCAAUAUCACUGAAGGGCAGUUGGCUCAGGGUAUCGCACCAGGCGCGAAUUGGCAUUUCGAGGUAAAUGGUCAUGAGUUCUACGCCAAGGGCUCGAACCUCAUUCCUCCGGAUGCUUUCUGGCCGCGAGUCACCGAGACCAAGAUGCGGCGACUCUUUGAUGCAGUUGUCGCUGGAAAUCAGAAUAUGCUUCGAGUCUGGGCUUCAGGCGCUUACCUUCCGGACUUCAUGUACGAUCUUGCCGACGAACGCGGAGUGUUGUUAUGGAGCGAGUUCCAAUUCAGUGAUGCUCUGUAUCCCACGGACCAACCGUUCCUUGACAACGUUGCUGCUGAAGUCGUCUACAACGUUAGACGGGUCAACCAUCAUCCAUCUUUGGCUUUGUGGGCUGGUGGAAAUGAAAUUGAAAGUUUGAUGUUACCAACCGCUAAGAAACAUGAUCCUGCAUCAUACCCCCGUUUGGUUGGCGAUUACGAACAUCUAUUUAUCUCCCUGAUUCUUCCGCUUGUCUACGAGAAUUCGCGAUCGAUCUCAUACAUGCCUAGUAGCACCAACAACGGCUUCCUAGAAGUCGAUCUGUCUGCUCCAGUUCCUAUGGCGGAGCGCUACGAUAACGGCACAGAAGAAAAAGAACAUUACUACGGUGAUACCGACUACUACAACUAUAACAGCAAUGAGGCCUUUGACUUCACCGGCUACCCAGUCGGCCGCUUCGCCAACGAAUUCGGCUACCACAGCAUGCCGAGUCUACAAACAUGGCAACAAGCCUUGGACGAUAAAGACCUCCACUUCAACAGCAGCACCAUCUUGUCCCGAAACCACCACUACCCAGUAAACGGCCCAGAGACCCACAACUACACUCAGUCGUCUAUGGGCAUGGCCGAAAUGACCCUAGCAGUGGAGAGAUACUACCCGAUCCCCAACAAGCAAGACUCCGUCGCAAACUUCAGUGCCUGGUGCCACGCAACCCAGCUUUUCCAAGCAGACAUGUACAAAUCAGAGAUUCAGUUCUACCGUCGCGGAAGCGGAAUGCCAGAGCGUCAGCUCGGAUCCUUGUACUGGCAACUUGAAGAUAUCUGGCAAGCUCCGACGUGGGCUGGGAUCGAGUAUGACGGUCGCUGGAAAGUCCUACACUACGUCGCUCGUGACAUCUUCCAACCCGUCAUCGUCUCGCCAUUCUGGAACUAUUCGACGGGCGAUUUGGAUAUCUAUGUGACAUCGGAUCUCUGGGAGACUGUCCGGGGAACGGUGAAUCUUACCUGGACAGACUUGUCCGGCAAGCCAAUCCCAGGGAACGCGGGUACUCCCUUGACCAAACAAUUCUCUGUUGGGGCACUCAAUACUACCAGUAUCUACGAAACCAACAUUGCGAAGCUCUCUCUGCCUGAUACAAAGGACGCUAUCCUGGUCAUUGAUCUCACUGCUCAGGGCCGUCUCCCGAACACGGAAAGCAAGACCUUGACUACGUUCACACACCGGAACCAGUUUACGCCCGUCUUCCCUAAAGAUCUAGCAUUAAAAGACCCGGGACUCAAGCUGUCUCACGACGCCCAUACUGGCACGUUCAGCGUCGAAGCCCGGAAUGCUGUUUCGCUGUAUACAUGGCUUGACUACCCCGCUGGUGUGGUGGGAUACUUUGAGGAUAACUCGUUCUCUUUACUUCCUGGCGAGAAACGGACUCUUCGGUUCGUUGUGCAGAAGGAUGAGACUAAGGGGAAGUGGGUGGAUGGUGUUACUGUGCGCAGUCUGUGGGAUCAGACUACCAAAACUUGA